GUUGGUCAAGGUAUAAUGCCUUCUGCGACCACAGCGUGGAAGAACAACUAUAAAGAUGGGGCCGUAAGCAUAUCUUUCAUUUCGAUCAUCUUGAAUCCUCAUCUUCAUCUCCUCUAUUCACAGUAGUCAUCCUCCUGCACAUAGCCAAUAACUGGUUCUUCACUGAUCCCAUCACACAUCUCCCAGUCAGACGACCAAGACACAAUGGCAACCAGUACAGUCACAGUAGACAAUGCAGUCGCGAGCACCAAACCUCCCAAACCCUCAUCUGAACACAUCUGGGAGACAGGUCCAAUGCAAUUGAUACCCACACCAACAUAUCAAACCGGGCAAACCGACCCCUUCACAAACGCAGCCUCAGAAAUGGCCCUCGUCCACAACUGCAUCAUCCGCGCCAUAAACACAAUCUACCACCAAGCCCCCCUCGUCACCCCCUCAGACUACAAAUCCUUCACAUCCUACUGCCUCGCCACCUACGAAGGCCUCGAAGCCCACCACAACGGCGAGGAAGAGCACUUCUUCCCCGAGGUCGAACGCCUCACCGGAAUCACAGACAUCAUGUCCACCAACAUCUCCCAGCACGCGGCCUUCCACACCGCCUUCGACGCGUGGGGCAACUGGCUCAAGGCCGUAAAAAGCGGCGACAAGACGUUCGACGGAAAGCAGUGCGUGCGGAUAAUGGACCAGUUCAUGGCGCCUCUGGCGACGCAUCUCGCGGAUGAGAUUCCAACGCUGCUUGCUCUCGCGGAGUACGCGGACAAGAUUGACAUCCAAGCGAUUCUCAAGGCCGAGGCGGAGCAGGUCAUGGCGAAGAUGUCGAAGACGACGCAGCUUCCUUUGAUCCUGUUGAAUCAUGAUACGACGUUCGAGGGGGGCAUUCAUCGUUUCCCGCCGCUGCCUGGGCCGGUCAUCUGGGUGCUGAGGGAGGCGUUUGGGAGGUGGAAUGCGGAUUGGUGGAAGUUUGCGGCGUGUGGGUUUGAUGGGAGGCCGAAGGCGCUGUAUGCUUCUUGAAUGAAUGGCAUGUUGUCUUGUACGAGCUGGCGAGGUAUGUUGUAAGGUAUGGGCGAGCUUUCAUCUGGGCUAGAUUGGCGCUGUCGGAUUAUGGUAAGGAUAUCACAAAACAGUAAACGGGCAAAAUUUCAAGUCAUACAUCU